CCCGCCCUCCGGCCCGGCCCCACUCGGCAGGGCUCGUCUGGCUUCGACUGGGCUCGGCUCGGCUCAGUUCGGCUCGGCUCGGUUCGGUUCGGUUCGGCUCGGCUGGACUCGGCUCGGUUCGGCUGGGCUCGGCUAGGCUCGGCUCGCAGCAGCGGAGAGGCUCCUCCGCUGCCGCUGCAGCCGCCGCUGCCGCACGAUGCCGGGGCCCCGCGGGCUCUGCCUGCUCGCCCUGCUGCUGGGCACCCCCGUGGCACCGCGACCAGAUAGUGGAUCAGGAGCAGUGCUGGUCCCUACCAGCCCAGAUCCUCUUGGUGUGGAUGAGCUGAUGGACAAGGCAACUGGUGGAGGUGGAGAGCUUGGGCAUGCCAUGGGUUUGACUGGCAGAGCCAAGGAGCUUGGGCACACCAUGGCUUCAGCUGAAAGAUCUGGGCAGCUUGGGCACACCAUGGGUUCAGCAGACAGAGCUGAGGAGCCUGGGCAUGUGAUGGGUUCAUCUGGAAGACCUGGAGAACUUGGGCACACCACAAGUUCAGCAGGAAGAGCUGAGGAGCUUGGGCAUGCCAGGGGUUCAUCUGGAAGACCUGGAGAACUUGGGCACACCACAAGUUCAGCAGGCAGAGCUGAGGAGCCUGGGCAUGCCAGGGGUUCAGCUGGAAGAUCUGGGCAGCUUGGGCACACCACGAGUUCAGCUGGAAGACCUGGGCAGCUUGGGCACACCACAGGUUCAGCAGGCAGAGCUGAGGAGCCUGGGCAUGCCCUGGGUUCAGCUGCAAGAUCUGGGCAGCUUGGGCAUACCACAGGUUCAGCAGGCAGAGCUGAGGAGCCUGGGCAUGCCAUGGGUUCAGCUGGAAGACUGGGAGAGCUUGGUCAUGGCACUGCCCUCAACCUGCUGCCAGCCAUGGAGGGUGGCACCAAUCCAGCAGCAGAGGAGACGACUCUGCUGGUGCAGAGCCACAUCCUGCCAACACCUACCACCGCCCCCAAGGCUGGUGACAAACAAACUUUCCCUGCUAAGAAAAAGCCUCCUACUCUAAAACAAGCAAAUACAGCAAGGAAGCACCCAAGACCCAAGCCCACCCCACCAGCACCCCCCCGGGCUGCCUCACCAAGCAGCGUGCCAGGCUCCAGGCUCCCUACCACCUCCCAGGACCUGCAUACACUGGCAGGGAUGGCAACCAGGGCAGGGAACACAGAACAGAACCCCCCUGAACUACCCUGGGGUGAGCAGGCCACCACCAGCCACCCUGCUCUGCAGAUCUCCCCAUCCACCCUGCCACCAGAGAUUGCUCAGCCCUUCCUUGGCAGCACAGGCGAUGCCAGCGAGGCUCCGACCGCGGCUCCCGGCGGUGCCACCGCUAAGGGGGUGAAGGGUGCAGAGAGGGAGGUACAUGGCUCUGCAGCAGAGGACAGCCAAGAAACCACCACCUCCACCAUCAUCACCACCACUGUCAUAACCACCGAGCCCACACCAGUUCUCUGCAGCAUGAACUUCCAGGAGCCUGAGGGCUACAUUGACUCCACAGACUACCCUCCACUGCCCCUGCACAGCUUCCUGGAGUGCACCUACAAUGUCACCGUCUACACCGGCUACGGCGUCGAGCUCCAGGUGAAGAGCGUGAACCUGUCGGAGGGGGAGGUGCUGUCCAUCCGCGGCGUGGACGGCGAUGCUCUGGUGGUGCUGGCCAACCAGACGCUGCUGGUGGAGGGGCAGGUGAUCCGCAGCCCCACCAACACCAUCUCCGUCUACUUCCGCACCUUCCAGGACGAGGUGGUGGGGACCUUCCAGCUGCACUACCAAGUGUUCAUGCUGAGCUGCAGCUUUCCAAGGAGACCUGACUUUGGGGAUGUCACCGUGAUGGAUCUGCACUCGGGUGGAGUUGCUCAUUUCCACUGUCACCUGGGCUAUGAGCUGCAGGGUCCCCGGGUGCUCACCUGCAUCAAUGCAUCAAGGCCACACUGGAGCAGCCCAGAGCCCAUCUGCUCAGCGCCCUGCGGGGGCACCAUCCACAACGCCACCAUCGGCCGCGUCCUCUCGCCCAGCUACACGGCGAACCAGACGGGCAGCAUGUCCUGCGUGUGGGCCAUCGGCGCCCCGCCGGGCCAGAAGCUCCACCUGCACUUCGAGAAGCUGCUGCUCACCGAGAAGGACAGGAUGGUGGUGUACAGCGGCGACUCCAACGGCUCGGCGGUGCUCUACGACUCGCUGCGCGCCGACGCUGUGCCCUUCGAGGGCGUCAUCAGCGACGGCUCCAGCAUCCGCAUCGACUUCCUGGCGCAGGAGCCUGCUGCCGCCACCGCCUUCAACAUCCGCUUCGAGGCCUUCGAGCGAGGGCACUGCUAUGAGCCCUACAUCCAGAACGGCAACUUCACCACCUCGGACCCCACCUACAACCUGGGCACCACGGUGGAGUUCACUUGCGACCCUGGGCACUCCCUGGAGCAGGGUCCUGCUGUCAUCGAGUGCGUCAACAUGCGGGAUCCCUACUGGAACGACACGGAGCCGCUCUGCCGAGCCACUUGUGGUGGGGAGCUGACGGCUGUGGCUGGGGUGAUCCUGUCCCCAAACUGGCCUGAGCCCUAUGCCGAGGGGGAGGACUGCGUCUGGAGGGUCCACGUUGGUGAGGAGAAGAGACUCUUCCUGGACAUCCAGCUCCUGAACCUGACCAACAGUGACAUCCUCACCAUCUACGAUGGGGACGAGCUGACCGCCCGCAUCCUGGGGCAGUACGUGGGCAGCAGUGGGCCCCAGAAGCUCUACUCCUCCAGCCCUGACCUCACCAUCCAGUUCCACUCAGACCCUGCUGGGCUCAUCUUUGGGAAGGGACAAGGAUUCAUCAUGAACUACAUAGAGGUAUCCCGCAACGACUCCUGCUCCGACCUGCCCGAGAUCCAGAACGGUUGGAAGACCACAUCCCACACGGAGCUGGUGAGAGGAGCCAAGAUCACCUACCAGUGUGACCCAGGCUACGACAUCGUGGGCAGUGACACCCUCACCUGCCAAUGGGACCUCAGCUGGAGCAGCGACCCCCCCUUCUGUGAGAAGAUUAUGUAUUGCACGGACCCAGGGGAGGUGGAGCACUCGACACGGCUCAUCUCUGACCCUGUGCUGCUGGUGGGCACCACCAUCCAGUACACCUGCAACCCUGGCUUCGUGCUGGAGGGCAGCUCGCUGCUGACCUGCUACAGCCGAGAGACAGGGACACCCAUUUGGACCUCACGGCUGCCACACUGUGUCUCUGAGGAGUCCCUGGCCUGUGACAACCCUGGGCUGCCCGAGAACGGCUACCAAAUCCUGUACAAGCGCCUCUACCUGCCAGGAGAGUCCCUGACCUUCAUGUGCUAUGAGGGCUUUGAACUCAUGGGGGAGGUGACCAUCAAAUGCAUCCUGGGCCAGCCCUCCCACUGGAGCGGACCCCUGCCCAUCUGCAAAGUGAAUCAAGACAGCUUUGAACAUGCUCUGGAAGUAGCAGAAGCUGCUGCAGAGACAUCACUGGAGGGAGGAAAUAUGGCCCUGGCCAUAUUCAUCCCUGUGCUGAUCAUCUCCUUGCUGCUGGGAGGAGCAUACAUCUAUCUCACAAGGUGUCGGUACUACUCCAGCCUCCGCCUGCCGCUCAUGUACUCCCACCCCUACAGCCAGAUCACCGUAGAGACCGAGUUUGACAACCCCAUCUACGAGACAGGGGAAACCAGGGAAUACGAAGUGUCGAUCUGAGGCCAGCGGUAAGGGAGUCUCCAGCUGCCAACCUGAUGUGCCCUCCUAGAACCUGCUCAGUAACUAAUCCAGAGCCCACGUGGAGUGGGUCGGAGCCUUGGCCCUGCUCUUGUCUUUCCUUUUUGCCUCUUUCUGGAAGCUUUCCCUCUUCUCUUCACUGUAUUUAUUCUAUUUAAGCCGUGAUGGGAGUGCUGCAGAGCCCUGGGCGCAGGCAGCAGCGGGGCACCGCUGGGGACCGGUGAGGACAGGCUGGCACGGGGUGUGGGGAGGGGGCAUCCUUACCCCCUGGCACUGCCCCAGCAUAUGCAGGGCGGGGAAGGGGCAGGGGAGGGUGGGGGAGGGAGGGGAGGGGAUUUUUUUUGCAGUUCUGAUGUUGUUAAAGAUUAAAAACGUCUCCAUUGCAAGAGCCUGAGGUUGAUUGCUGGGAGCUGAGGUAGGCACAGGGGUUGCCACAGGAUGCCCACCCACAUUUCCAGGCCUCCCCAUCCCAUAGCUCCCAGCUUGCCCCACUGGCACCUGCACCCUAGGGGCUUGUGUGCCACCAGCCCGGGGACCAUCCUCACUGUAGGGAAGCUCAGGAAAGCUGCCAGCCCUCGCAGAGCUUUGUGUGCCACCAACAGGGCACAGCCUGGCACCGAGGCUCACGCUGCUUUGCUUUUCCUGCUUUGCUUUGGAUGCUGGAGAGGCAGUGAGCCAGGACUCACUGCUCUGUGGAGAGGUAUCAACCAGUGGCACCCAGCAGCCCACUGCCUGGGAGCUGUGGGAACCCUCCCUGGGCACUGGGAGCAGGCAGUGCCCCUUUGCUCACACCAGUUGUUGCUCUGGUAACACCGUGACCCUUGCCAGGGCAAUCCUGGUCUCACCAACGGCUGGAGGCCACCUCUUGCCCUCUGGUAGCAUCUCAGGGUGUGCAAGACAGACUGGGCUCCCUGCCACCGCUUCUGCCAGCUGCAGGAGGAUCCAAUGCCUACCCCAGCAUGUGGGCAGCCAUAGUGGUAGGACACUGGGCAGAUUGGGGCAGCACAGCCUACCCAGCGCCUCCUGCCCAGAGCCUCAAGGGUCUGCAGCUCCCACCUGAAGCUUCUGGAGUUGGCGUCUUGCUGGGAUCUUGCAGCUCCCACUUGAGGCUCCCAGAGUUGGCACCUUGUUGAGAUCUGCAGCUCCCACUUAAAACUCCCAGUGUUGGCACCUUGUCAGGAUCUGCAGCUCCCACUCAAAAGACCUGGGGUUGGCACCUUGUUAGGAUCUGCAGCUCCCACCCAAAGGCCCUGGGGUUGGCACCUUGUUGAGAUCUGCAGCUCCCACUUGAAGCCCCCAGAGCUGGCACAUUGCUGGGUGUCAGCUGAGCAGGAGCUGCAGAGGAGCAGGGGAGGAAGGUGGAGGUGUAGUGGGGAAGGAGAGGCAGGCAGGCAGCGUGGGCAGGCUCUGGCACAGGAGAUGAGCCCAGGGUGAGCAGAGCAGGCAGAAAUCAGCCCAACAAAGCUGAUCCCAGCACCAGUUUGAGCCUCAGCACACCCCAUACUCCUUCACUGCCUUCACCCUUCACUGAUGGGGCUGACACCUAUCCAUGGGGACCCCAGAGGGUCAUCUCUUCCCUGAGCCCCUCUCCCUCCCCCUCUACCUUCCUGAGGAGGGCAGUGAAGCCACCAACAACAUCCUUGGCUGCUGAUGUAGCCUUGCAGAGCAGCAAAGAGUGCCCACAGGAGGCUGGUUUGGUUCGGGGGAUGGUCUGUGCCUCUCUGCAGCGUACAGCUAAGAGUUAGGGCUUGGAUUGGUUGUGGAUUACUUUUGGGUUUGUUCGUUUGUUUGUUUCCUUCAAAACAAAACAAAAAAAAGAAGACAAAACAAUGAAUGUGUCUUUGUAAUUCGAGAAGGUUAAAAAGAGGGGGAAAAAAAACCAACCCAAACCCCAAACUGAACUAAAAAUAAAACCAAAAA